AUGGAAAGUCACCCCCUCAGCCUACGGCAUGAAAACUGCCUGGACUGCCUCCCAGGAAUAGGCCACGCCUGCGGCCACAACCUAAUAGCAACAGCCUCCCUAACAGGAGCCCUCGCAACCUCAACCCUCCUCGCCCGCCACGCCCUCCCCGGCAAACUCAUCCUCUACGGCACCCCCGCAGAAGAAGGCGGCGGCGGCAAAAUCGCCCUCCUCAAAGCCGGCGCCUACAACCCCUCCACCUGUCCCGGCACCGGCUCCCCCUCCCGCGCACCAGACAUCAACCUCAUCUCCCACCCUGGCAUCGUCACCUCCACGGCCCUGAUGCGCACCUCGGCCUACACCUCCCUCCGCCUCGAAUAUUUCGGCCGCGAGGCCCACGCCGCAGCGAACCCGUGGCUCGGCAUCAACGCGCUCGACGCGCUGGUGGUGGCGUAUACCUCGAUUUCUGUGCUGAGACAGCAGACGAGGCCGGGGGACGUGAUCCAGUGUAACAUCUCCGACGGCGGCGCGCGGCCAAACAUCAUCCACGCGUACGCGGCGGCGAAUUUCGUGGUGAGGUCGGAUACGCAGCCGCGGCUCUCUGAGCUUUUGAAAAAGGUGCAGAAAUGCUUCGCUGCGGGGGCGGAGGCCACGGGGGCGACGUUCAAAGUUACGUUUACGGGGGCGUAUAAAGAUCAUGUGCCGAAUCGUGUGCUGGGGCGUUCGUAUACGCGAUACUUCAACGCGUUACUGGGCUCUGGCGGCGACGGAGACGGUGACGACGACGCUCCGAUCCCGACGGACGAAGACGUGGAUGAGAUUCGCGGACGGACGAUGGCGAGUACGGAUCAGGGGGAUAUCAGCUACGCCAUGCCCUCCCUCAGCGUCGGCUUCGCGAUUCCGCCUGGGAAGGGAGGUCAGGGCCCGCAUAACCCAGAGUUUGCGGAGGCGGCGGGGACGAAGGUUGCGUUUGAGAGGAGUUUGCGCGUUGGAAAGGGGCUGGCUGGUGUUGCGGUUGAGGUUUUGACCAAGGAGGGUAUGGUGGACGAGGUGAAGGCUGCUUGGAGGAGGGAUAUGGGGGUAUGA